GGCUAGGCGGCGACAGGACUGCACCGGGAAGCCCGCCAGUUAGCUCGCGACUAUGCCACGCGACGGACACCGCGACGCCCGGUAACGCCUGCUCGAGCACACGGAAAUCUCGUCCCUGCUGACGACGUGGGCUCGUCGAUGACAUCGAACCGCCGCAUCUUGGCACAGCGAUAUAAAACGCACGCCGUCUGAAGAUUCAUCCAGCCUUGAAGAUCCACACGAAGGUCCCCGACGUUUCUAAACUCGGACUGAUCUUGUUCUUUCUCCGGCUCCCCUGUGACUUGCGACGAAUAAGCCAGCAGCGCCAUGAGCGUCCCCGAGGGUGUCACCAGGUGCCUGGCUAUUCUGAAGGCGGUGGACACGGACUCGGAGAAGUUCGCCGCACUCUUCAUGGUCACCAAGCUGGUGGACGGCAAGGACUGCACCCCGGCGGCCAAGAGGAUGCUCUUCGAGGCCAUCGGGGCCAAGUUCCUCAAGAGAUUGCUCGUCAGUGACAGCGUGCCCGUGGACUGCCCGCCACAGGUCUACAAAUCGGUGGCACUGUCCAUCCUGACCGCAUUCUGCGGGGAGCCCGAGCUGGCCUCUCACCCGGACAUGGUGGGCCACAUCCCGGCGCUGCUGGAGAUAGUGUCUCAGGCCGACGAGGACGCGGCCGACGACAUGCUGAUCAUCGUCAGCGAGGCGUAUACCUGCCUGCAAAGUAUCGCUCAGUACCCACCUGGGCAGAAGGCGCUGCUCGAGCAGCAGGCGAUCCCGAAGAUGUGCGACAUCUACGCGGAGAAGAGCUUCCAGACGGACGAGGCGCUCAACAUCUUGGUCACGUUGGUCGGCAGAUUCGGCCCGGAAGCCUGGCACCCGUCGGACACCGCGCCCUUCCACGCGAUACUCCACAAGGUGACGCUGGACUUCGAGACCGAUCACACCGAGAGGAAGUUCCAGCUAUGCGGCAUCCUGCAGGCCCUGCUGCAGUCCUGUCGGAAGGACGUAAUCUCCACGUCCGCGAAGGAGGAGUCCUGGCCGUUGAGCAUCCACAAGGGCCUCAGCGACAUCCUGGGCUCGAAGAUCAGCAAGAAUCAGCGGGACCCGGCUUUGAAACUCGCGUCCGUGACGAUGGACCUCUUGGGCGCGGAGUGGGCGAUGUCCGACAAGGAGAAACCAAAGAUACUCCUCUUGCUGUUGAUACAACUAGCGUCGAUCGAGGUACGUAUGCAGCUGGAAGGAAAGCAGCUGAAGGCUGUGCUCACGAACGCCGACUUGGUCACCGCCUGCUUCGCCAUCCUCGAGAUCUCGCUGGGGUACAUCGUUACGGAUCAGCUGGACUUGGACCAGAAGGAAAAGCAGUCCCUGUACACGGCGCUGAAGGGCGCCUUCGCGGCGGUGAUCGGCCUGCUCAACGCCGUCUCGAAGAUGAAGACUUUGACGAACAUGGAGGAGAAGAUCUUCGUGUGCGCGGUCGUCAGGGUGCUCGCAGCUUGGCUCGCGCAGGAGACCACGGCGAUGCGUCCGCAGGUUUACGCCGUGCUGCCGUACGUGCUGACGGUGGCGAACGACACCUUCUAUGCGCAUCGAAACCGAAAGCUAGCCGAGAAGGCCAAGGCCGGCGCGAAAGCGGCUGGCAAGUCGGACGAGGGUACGUCGUCUGGAGAACCGGUCGUCUCCGGGGACCCGAUGAGCGAGAACGAUAUAUUAAGAUUGCUGCUGCCCGCUCUGUGCUACCUAGCCGUGGAAGAGGACGCCCGGAAGAUCCUACUUAAGCACAAGCAGGACGACGUCCUGUUCGAGUGCCUGUCCUACCAUUGGACCAUCGUGCAUUACAAGAAGCCGCCGGUGCCGAGAUCGGAGCGCUUGAAGGUCCUGCAGGACGGCAAUCGUACGGAGGAGUUGGACCUAAGUGUCUUGGAGGAGAUGAAGGACUCCAGGACCGCGAUGGUGUCCAUCUGCAACGUCCUGAUGAACAUUACCGUGCUGGAGGCGAAGCUGGUGGAGGAGUCGCCGACGUUCGUCUCGUUGCUGAAGUUCAUCUUCAACAAUCUGCCGGAGCUCAAGCAGAUCCCGGAGAACCUGGUGCUGCACGGCCACCUGGCGGUCCUGGGCCUGCUGUUGCUGAAGCAGCAGGCCAAGCGCGUCAAGAAGAACGACUUCUCGAUAUGCCGUUACAUCCAGGCGACCAUCCGAUUCCUGUGGGACGCCUACAUCAUCGACGAGGGCAACGACCCCACCGAGCUGGUGGUCGCCAUAUCGUACAAGGAACACUGGAUGGAGCUGAUGGAGCUCUGGUUCUUGGGCAUGCAGACGAUGGCCGGGGUGCUGCAGGUGAUACCCUGGCUGUCGCAGUUCACGCUGGAGUCCGGCUGGGCGGAGGAGAUAAUCGAGACGCUGAAGAAGGUGAAGGUGGGCGGCCUGCAACCGAACGUCAAAUCCGCCUUCGAAGAUCUGCUGUGCCACUUGGUGAAGGCCAACGACGGGGUCGCGUCGGUGCUGAAGAAGCGCGGCGCCCUGACCGUCUGUCGGAAUCAUCGUAUGAUGGAGCUCGGGAAGCACCUCUUCGGCGACUAGAGCGAACAUUGUCCCGCGUUACCAUGUAGCGUUACCUGCGGCUUUUCGCUAGUUUAAGCAAACCCGCGCGCGUGUUGUUGUUUCUCUCUUAUUGUUUCUACCGUCUCUCAUAUAUCGCGGGCGAACUUGAUGUAAAAGAUCGAACGAACGGUACGGCAAAUUGCAACUUUUCUACGGCAAAACAGAGAGCAGCUUUGUAAGUAGCCUUCGUAGGCGACUUCGGGUCGUUUAUUGUACACGUCUCCCGCGUAGAGGGGAGAUACACUUGAAAUACACAUGUGCGCGUAGUCGAGGAUAAAUUUAGACGGCAUCACGUCUGGAAAUAGUCACUUCUGGCAAGCAAGAGAGAGGCGUGUUUCACCGCCCGGUGGAAUAUUUCGUAAAUUCGCGUACACGAAGGCGGAUACACCGUUCCUUUGAAAAAUGGGACUUCGACGCGUAAAUAUAUUUCUCGUCGGUCUGUUGAUCGAACGCUUCUGCCGGCGCCGCAGACAGGAAGAUCGUCUGUAUUAAUUUUAAUCUGUGAUCUUGAGAUACUUACACCGAGACACACGCGUACACACACACAUGUACACACCGAGAGGCACACCCACCGGCGAACGUCUUGCGACGAAGAUUUUGUAACAACGGCCGAAGCAUUUUCCCAUUAAACGGAAGGAUUUUCUAAGCAUUCACUUGA